CAGUUUUACGUUAUCACGUAAUGACAUCACAACGUCAUUUAGCAACUUUUAGCAACAAAUCAACCUGGCUCUAGCAACUUACCCUGAAAAUUUGUUGGCAACACUGACCAGACAGCUAAACUAACCCCAGUUGUUCUAUGUAGCUUUUAAUAAAAUAACACAUAUGGAGUUCACAGGUAGCAGUUACACUGGAGCCUUCAAGAAUGGCAGGAUGGAGGGAGAAGGAGAGUAUAAAUUCCCCACAGAGACAAGAUAUGUUGGGGAGAUGAAGAAUGGCAUGUUCCAUGGAAAAGGUGUACUCAAUUUCCCAAAUGGAAGCAAAUAUGAAGGAACUUGGGAGAAAGGAAUAUCCAAACAGGGUAAGUAUACUUUCUCUGAUGGACUGGAGUACCAAGAGAAGGACUGGGCGUUUUGUGAUGGCUAUGACAGACAGUUCUACACUGAGAGGUGCAAUGGACUCAAACCUGCAGGGGAGUCUCAGCUGACAGACCUAGACUCAUUGCGUGUCAUCCCAGAUGGCUGCUAUGACUGUGGGGAUGGAUUCUACGACCCCAACGCCAGGGUCGUCACUGACUAUGAGCAUCACUUUCUCAGAAACGCAGAUGACUAUGAACACGAGUGGAUUGUGUCCACUUGUCGGAAGAGCUGGGACGAGAUCGUUGGACAUUCACCUGAAAACUAGGCCACAUUUCAGAACUGGACAUUGAGUUGCGGGACUGAGCGAAAAAAAAUUAAAAGGCAGCUCGUUUAUGGAAUGUUCAACUGUGGUGCAUACAGGCCUACCUGUGAAUUAUAUUUUGUCAAAUCUGAAAUAUCCUACAUGUUCGUUUCUAUUUUAAAUAGGUUUAAUUUGACCAGAUGCAUAAAAACAAAAUAGGUAAGCCUAUUUCAGAUGCACAAAAACAUAGUGAAGCACAUGUGAGCUACUGAAAUUAAAUAUGUGGAGGAAGUCAUGCUAGAAGAAUAUACUCACUUAGUCAAACAUUUUCAUGCAGUGUGAGAGGAAAAAACCCACCAAUCCUUGAUUUAUAACUUGUAAAGCCAAUUGUUUACUUGUAAUGUUUGUCCUUAAAUGUCCCUGCUCUGCUCUCUCUGCAUGGUGCUGAAAUGACUGUACCACCAGUGCAGGCCAAUGUAAUCAGUGUCAGAUUGUUCUCUCAAGUGUCCUCGAAGACUCAGCAGCUUAAUGGAUGCAAAUUAACAUGAAAUAUGACUUCCUCUUAUAUAGUCUAUGCAAGAUAUCCACCAGCACAAUAUACUGUUGCCGGUAGGCUUUGUUCCAGUCAGUCUUCUAUUUAGAUGCUAUACUAUAUUUCUCAAUAUAAGGCUUUGGAUCCAGUAAUUGCAUUUUCUACUAUAAUGUUGUGCUGUAGUGUUUUUGCCCAGACAGACAAGCGUAUAUUUGUGAGUGAGACGUUUUAGUCUGUCUCGGCUAAAGCUGCCCUUUGAAACAGGACCUAGGUUAGAGGAUCAAUCUCAUGAUGCAGCCUGACAGUGACUUCCUGUCUGUGAUGGCGCUCAGCUGGGCUUGCUGGACGAAUCAGCUGCAGAGUGGUGGAGAAGAAGAGGGGAGGAGAUGAGUCAUUACUGUGCACACUGACCCAUGAAGAACCUGCCAGCUCAGCCAUCGGCCUGUGAUUGCUUCCUGCCCAGCGCCGGGCACGCACACUUUUACACACACACACACAAAUUGACACACCGAGACAUGCAAGUAUGUAUGCACACACACAACCAGGUACGCACCGGACAUACCAUACAACUUCAAAUAAUAGCCCAGGCGUUUAUUUGCUUUUCAAUCACUGACCACAACCGCCAGGUGUCUAUUUCCUUAAUGCACACAGCUUUUGCUCAGAAAAAUGUUGUGAAGUCUACCAUACUGUUUAUUAUGACCAGUAUAAACAUUAUAACAAACCCAUUGCUCUUUAUCUACUUUUGAGCAAUCUCAAUGGUACUCAAUAAAGUUCACUCGUAAACAAUAA